UUAUUAUUCAAAUAUUAUAAAAAUGUCUUUUAAUGCCCCCUCUCGCUCUGAUGCCAAAAAGGAUCAAUUAGUUGGCAAUGUAAAAGAAACUGCUGGUAAUCUUGUUGGUAAUGAACGUCUUCAAGCUGAAGGAAAGACUCAACAUGGUCAAGGUCAAGCCAAUGAAGCUGCUGCCAAUAUUGUUGGCUAUGCCCAAGGUUUGAAAGAUCAAGUGACUGGUGCUGUUCAAGGUGCUGUUCAUUCCCUGACUGGUGAUAACACAAAUGAAGCUUCUGAUAAGGUCCAACAAAAGAAGGGUGAAGCCCAAAAGGAAAUAAACUCUUAAAAACUGUACAUAAUGACAAUAAUAACAAUAACAAUAAAAGCUUUAUUUACAACA